UAUGUGUUAACUGAAGCUGAAGAUCGGAGAGCAGCAUUCGACGCCCGGUUGUGUUUAUGGGGAGAAGAUGAACACACCACUUGUUGCCAAUAAUAACAGCAAAUCCGCGUUGUUACGACCCAACAUGUCUGUCAGAUCAUUUGGAUACAGUGUCGCCCUUACAACGCUAUGUGUUUUCGUAGUUCUAACAGACGCGAGUGGGAUGUGUAAUUGGGCAAGUCACAAUGGCCACUGUUUCCGAUUAUCUGCCAGUCCUAAUACUUACACAGAGGCUAAGGCCGCCUGUAAUAGUAUUGGAGCUCAUCUGGCGUUCUCUAAAGAUCAAGCCACAAAUGACUUCUUAGUCAGUCUGAUGAGUGGAUCAGCAACAGAUGCGUGGAUUGGUUUAACAGACUUUCAACAGGAAAACAAUUUUGUCUGGAAUGACGGAAGUACACUAGGUACCUUUCGAAAAUGGGCAACCGGUGAGCCAAAUGACGGUCCCGGCUCUCAAGCGGAUUGCGUUCGUAUUUUGUUGGGAGGCCAAUGGAAGGACUACAGCUGCUCUGGCACAUUUAAAUUCAUCUGCGAAACAGACACGGACGUCUGUUUGCAUGAUCAGUGUGACGCCCAGGCCACCUGUACGGAUAAUCCUCCUCCUGCCCUUGAUGCGACUUGUACCUGCAACACUGGAUAUACUGGAGAUGGUCUCGCUAGUGGAACUGGAUGUUCAGACACAGACGCCUGUCUGGCUAAUCCGUGUGACGCCCAGGCCACCUGUACGGAUAAUCCUCCUCCUGCCCUUGAUGCGACUUGUACCUGCAACACUGGAUAUACGGGAGAUGGUCUCGUCAGUGGAACUGGAUGUUCAGACACAGACGCCUGUCUGGCUAAUCCAUGUGACGCCCAGGCCACCUGUACGGAUAAUCCUCCUCCUGCCCUUGAUGCGACUUGUACCUGUAACACUGGAUACACAGGAGAUGGGCUUGUUGUUGGAGCUGGAUGUUCAGACAUAGACGCCUGCCUAGCUAAUCCAUGUGACGCCCAGGCCACCUGUACGGAUAAUCCUCCUCCUGCCCUUGAUGCGACUUGUACCUGCAACACUGGAUAUACAGGAGAUGGUCUCGUCAGUGGAACUGGAUGUUCAGACACAGACGCCUGCCUGGCUAAUCCGUGUGACGCCCAGGCCACCUGUACGGAUAAUCCUCCUCCUGCCCUUGGUGCGACUUGUAUCUGCAACACUGGAUAUACAGGAGAUGGUCUCGUCAGUGGAACUGGAUGUUCAGGUAUUCCGUUUAUGUAA